AUGUGCCUGUGGAGAAAUUCCACGUAUGAGCUUGACACAUUUGCUCCGUCAGUUCUUCAUCCAAUUGCAAUGAUAGAAAUUCCAAUUCACUUGUUAGCUUCUUAUAUAGUCAUAUUCAAAACUCCACCGACAAUGGCUUCUGUUAAAUGGAUGAUGGUGUUCAUGCAUUUUUGUAGUGCCUUCCUGGACUUAUUCCUCAGUGCCCUAUCCACCCAAUACUACCUCGUACCGGUAUUCGGUGGCUACAUGCGUGGAAUACUCACAGAUCUUGGUGUAUCCUCCAUUAUCCAAGGGCACAUGUUCAUAGUUUCAAUGUGUGUCGCCGGGGUUUCUAUUCUCGGAUUUUUCGAAAGUCGCUACAAUGCUAUCGUUAAAAGAAACUGUCGCGAAUACGAUGGAGAAGAAUCUCCAACGAUCACGACUUUCAUAAUUAUUGCAUAAUUAUGCACUCUACAAUGGACGCUAGCAACAUCGAGCACAUCUAUCACCAUUGCUCAAGGGACAACCGUACAGUCGAUACAUAUAAGGAACAACCACGUGAACCAUUUACGCCGUGAAAUCCGGAUGGAUGCACACAAGGAGCAGCAGAGGAUGACAACAACACGUUCCACGCCAUGACCUUGCCACGCGAUUAUGAACAACUCAAUCCUGGACACGUGGACCAUAUUGCCAACCUUGGAGGGACUUCCCGAAUCAGUUCUCGUUUUAUGUUCUCGCUUUAACUUCUUACUUGUUCUGUUGGUGUUACUAGAUCUUCGUCAAUAAACGAUUGUAGAGUCACCUUUUGUACUGUUAGUUUAACUUAUAUAAAAUACCACUGAACGCACUGCAAAACAGAAACCGAGGGUCAAUUUUCAAGACUAAAGGUAGAUUGUUGUAUAUUGUAUUACAUUAUACCUAUGCAUUUUGUUUCACACUUCCAUUACUUUUUUACCCGCUCGAUCAGGAAGAAGGACGGCGAUUUGUGAAAGAGGCACUUCCUUGUGUACCUCACUCUAUAAUCGACCACCCCGAUUUCUACCUCUUUAUUGAUAAACCAUAUGUACUUGCAAUAUACUAUGGAAUAACUGCAACUGUUCUCUCAGCAGAAGGUAUCUAUUACUUUACACGCACUGCCUUAUACCUCUCCAGCAACAAAGCCAAAUCUCAAAGGACUCAUAAACUUCAAGUACAAUUCUUUAUUGCAUUAACAUUUCAAAUUAUGAUUCCAUUAUGUGUUUUGAUUCUGCCAAUUGCCUACCUCAUCAGUGCAUUUAUAACGAAACAUUUUGAUCAGAUCGCCAUCAAUAUCGCUUUAAAUUUCAUUGCACUCCACGGGUUGACUUCCAGUACAGUUAUGCUCAUAGUUCAUAAACCAUAUCGAGAAGCAGUUAUAAAUAUAUUCUGCAUCUGGGAAAAAUGCCAUCAAAGACCAGAAAAUUCGAUUAGUGACCAAACAUUGAUGAUCGUAUCAAGUGUUGUGGUUAUCCGGCGGGCCAGCAGAAUGUCAAAAAUGAUUUGA